AUGUCUGGCCACCGCCACGCCAGCAUUGACACCACCAAGAGAGACGAAGAGUGGCACGAGCAGAGUCUGGAAACCAAGAACCCCGUCGAGCUCGCCGCCGAGUAUGUCCCCGGCUCGGAUGCAGAGAAGAGGCUGGUAAGGAAGAUCGAUAAGAGAAUACUUCCAAGCAUCUGGGCCUUGUACACCCUGUCAUAUCUCGACCGCGCCAACAUCGGUAAUGCCAGAACGGGUGGCCUCGAAGAAGACUUCAACCUGACAUCUCAGCAAUAUUGGAUCGUCCUGCUAGUCUUCUUCAUCUCCUACGUCCUAUUUGAGAUCCCCUCAAACCUGUUCAUUUCCCGAGCCCGACCAUCAAUAUACCUCAGCGGUCUUUGUAUCCUAUGGGGAGGCGUUGCUGCAGCCAUGGCUGCCGCCACCAACUGGAAAGCUCUUGCUGGUAUCCGGUUCGCCUUGGGUGUCAUCGAAGCCGGGUUCGCCCCCGGCGUUGCCUUCUAUCUCAGUUCAUGGUACAAGAGAUACGAGCUUGCGAGCCGAUACUCCAUCUACUAUACUGCCACGGCUGUGUCCGGGGCUUUCAGUGGUUUACUUGCUGGUGUCAUUACGCAAUACCUCGAUGGUGCCAAAGGUCUCGCAGGCUGGCAAUGGCUUUUCAUCAUCGAAGGGACUGCCUCCUCGUUCCUGGGGUUCUUUACCUGGUACUUUAUGCCCGACUGGCCUUCUACCACCAAGUUUCUCACUCCCGAAGAACGGCUCCUAGCUUCUCAACGACUAGCCUAUGAAGGCCUGGGCAAUACUGCCGGGGCUGAAGGCCCACUCGGUCACUGGGACGCUAUGAAGAUGGCUUUCGGGGAUUGGAGAACCUGGAUGUUUGUUGUCCUUUACAUGCUGGCAACAGGGGCCCAAACUAUUCAGUAUUUUGUCCCUACCCUCGUUGCUGCCCUCGGUUGGAGUGGCUAUCUCGGUCAAUUCCGAACCAUCCCUCUCUACGCCUGUGCAUUCCUAUUCAUUCUCGUCUUCUGCUGGGGCGCCGACUACUACAAAAACAAACCACUUGCCAUCUCCAUCGCCUCCGCAAUCGGCACUGUUUGCUUCAUCAUUGUCACCUGUACGACACACCAUAUGGUGCAAUACGUCUUCCUGGUCUUUGCUUUCGGCUGUGUAUAUGCCCUGUGUCCACUUAUCAUAACAUGGGUGCCUAACGUCAUCUCCCAACCGGCUGAAAAGCGCGCCGUCGCUAUCGCUUUGGUAAAUGCGCUUGGAAACUCAGCUUCCAUCUAUGGGGUAUUCCUCUGGCCUUCGACUGAUAAGCCUCGAUACAUACCGGGGUUCAGCGCCACGACCAUCUUCGUGUUCCUCAUGGGCGUGCUUGCCCAAGUGAUGGUCUUCCUAUUGAAAUCCCCUCAGGAGGUGGUUGACCCCGAGGUGGCUAUUCGAGCAGAGAUCGAGAAGCAGCAGACAGCAAAGAGAACAGAAGAGGGUCUUUGA